AUGACUAUUGCCAACGCUAUGCGUAGACAGUUUUCUACAACACGUAAUGUCGCUAAGAAAUUGAAUAAAUAUUCAUACCAGAUCACUGAACCAAAGGAUCAAGGUGCAUCUCAAGCCAUGUUGUACGCAACGGGUUUUAAGAAAGACGAUUUUGCUAAGGGCCAAGUCGGUGUCGGUUCCUGUUGGUGGUCCGGUAACCCAUGUAACAUGCAUUUAAUGGAUUUAAAUAAUAGAUGUUCUGCAUCUGUUGAUAAAGCUGGUUUGAAAGCUAUGCAAUUUAAUACCAUUGGUGUUUCUGAUGGUAUCUCUAUGGGUACUAAAGGUAUGAGAUAUUCUCUACAAAGUAGAGAAAUUAUCGCCGAUUCCUUUGAAACCAUUAUGAUGGCUCAACAUUAUGAUGCUAAUAUUGCUAUUCCAUCAUGUGACAAAAACAUGCCAGGUGUAAUGAUGGCAAUGGGUAGACAUAACAGACCUUCCAUCAUGGUUUAUGGUGGUACCAUUCUACCAGGUCAUCCAACUUGUGGUUCUAAGAAGAUUCCAGAAAAGAUUGAUUUAGUCUCUGCUUUCCAAUCUUAUGGUCAAUUCAUCGCUAAGGAUAUAACUGAAAAUGAAAGAGAAGAUAUUGUUGAGCAUGCUUGCCCAGGUCCAGGUUCUUGUGGUGGUAUGUACACCGCAAACACCAUGGGUUCUGCUGCAGAAGUUUUAGGUAUCACUUUACCAAACUCUUCAUCCUUCCCAGCUGUCUCUAAGGAAAAAUUAGCUGAAUGUGAUAGCAUUGGUGAAGCUAUUAAGAAGACUAUGGAAUUAAAUAUUCUUCCAUCUGAUAUUUUUACUAAGGAAGCCUUUGAAAAUGCUAUUACUUACGCUAUUGCCACUGGUGGUUCCACUAAUGCAGUCCUUCAUUUGAUUGCUAUUGCUCAUUCUCACAACAUUAAAUUGUCUCCAAGUGAUUUCCAAAGAAUCAGUGAUAAGACUCCAUUAUUAGGUGACUUCAAACCAUCUGGUAAAUACGUUAUGGCUGAUCUAUUAUCUGUUGGUGGUACUCAAUCUGUUAUCAAGUACCUAUAUGACAACGGUUUCAUGCAUGGUAACGCAUUGACUGUCACUGGUGAAACUCUAGCCGAACGUGCCGCCAAGGCUCCUGGCUUACCUGAUGGUCAAGAUAUUAUCAGAUCCGUCAAUAAUCCAAUUAAGUCAAGUGGACAUUUGCAAAUCUUAACUGGUUCUCUUGCCCCAGGCGGUUCUGUUGGUAAGAUUACCGGUAAAGAAGGUACUUUCUUUGAAGGUAAAGCUAGAGUCUUCGAAGAAGAAGCUGGUUUCAUUCAUGCUCUAGAAAGGGGUGAAAUCAAGAAGGGUGAAAAGACUGUUGUCAUCAUCAGAUAUGAGGGUCCAAAGGGUGGUCCAGGUAUGCCAGAAAUGUUGAAACCUUCUUCUGCUCUAAUGGGUUACGGUCUUGGUAAGGAUGUUGCUUUGUUGACAGAUGGUAGAUUCUCUGGUGGUUCUCAUGGUUUCUUAAUUGGUCACAUUGUACCAGAAGCUGCUGAAGGUGGUCCAAUUGCCCUUGUCAAGGAUGGUGAUCAAAUUAGAAUCGAUGCUGACAACAACAGAAUCGAUCUUCUAGUUGGUGAAGCUGAGCUGGCUCAACGUAAGUCUCAAUGGACACCUCCUGCUCCACGUUACAACAGAGGUACUUUAUCCAAGUACAGAAAGCUUGUCAGUGAUGCUUCUCACGGUUGUAUCACCGAUGCUUGA